AUGAUUUACCAACUGUCAGUGGAGCAGUUCGUGCUCAACAGGCCCAGCAGCGAGAGGGCCGCCUGGCAGGAAAAGUGGGAGUCCAGUGGCAGAGACAUGGAGGCGUUCAUAGAGCACCUGGGGGAUGAGGAACUGAGGUCCCCUAGCAUGGUCCAUGUCAGCAUGGAGGAGCAGGAAGCCCUGUUCUCAGAGAACAUGCCCAUAGGACAGGUCCUGGCCCACCUCCAGGAGCAGCGCUCAGCAGCCGCCGCCAGGGGGACCCCCUCCCCGACUCCCCCAGAGACACCCCGACCAGCAGCACCAGGAGAUGCAGAUGAAGAUGGCGACAACCUUUCCAGUCCAGACCACCAACCCCCCUUUAUGCUCAUCCCGGAGGAAGAGAGUCCUCAGGGCCCCGCAGAGAGCAAAGUGUCCGGGGAGAGUCCACGCAGCUCCGGUUCAGCAAGUCCGGGCGCCCCCACUGCCCAGGAAGAGCCUCCCCGGGAGGAGGCGCCCCGGGAGGUGGGGGGCGCCCGGAAGCUGUACCGGUGCGACCAGUGUCCCCAGGUUUUCAGGUACCUCUGUCGGUUCCAGCUGCACCAGAGGAGGCACAACAACGAGCGGCCCUUCGCUUGCGCCACGUGCGGCAAAGGCUUCUUCCAGGCCUCGGACCUGCGCGUGCACGAGCUGAUCCACGCGAAGGAGAAGCCCUUCCGCUGCAGCCGCUGCGACCGCGCCUUCAGCCACCGGACCAACCUGCUGGCGCACGAGCGCAUCCACACGGGCGCCAAGCCCUACGCGUGCGCUCAGUGCGGGAGGACCUACCGCCAGGCCUCCACCUACCACCGCCACCUGCGGAUGCACCAGAGGAAGGCCUCCGAAUCUGGGGCCUCCACGCCCGGGGACACCACGUCCGGGGGCUCCACGUUCAGAGACUCUAUGCCCAGGGACUCCGUGCCCAGGGCCUCCAUAUCCAGGGCCUCCACGCCCGGAGCUUCCUCCCUGUAA